UCCCCUUUGGAUUUCUUAUUUAAUAUUUGGAUUACGCCAACGUGUGUGGAUUUUAUAUAUAAUACAUGGAUAUUUAUAGAAGCUGGAAUAUACGUUUUUACUUUGGACUGGAUGAUUAUAUCAUAUAACCGGGGUCAUUGAAGCACAAUCACAGAGGAAUGUUAACAACAAUUUAUAUAUUUGGAACACAAAAGACAAGAUGGAUCAGAAUGGAGGAUAGUAAUGUUAACAUCUCAAAUACCGUUGAAUGGACCACUAUGUACUUCUAACAUGAUAAUCUCAGCAUUCUGAAUUCUCAGGGCAUUCGUGUAGAUGAGUUUACGGUAUAGAGGACUAAUGUAAAUAUUUGAUGGACUUAAUUGGAUCUGUCAUUAUUCUGAUGUAUUUUGGCAUUUAGACGCCUUAGUGAACAGAACAGAACGUGCAGACAGUACUGUUUAAACUCAAAUAAAGACAGUGUAGAUCUCAUUUUGAUGAACAAAUGUCAACAUUGAAUAAAGAAAUCUGGACCAAGAAAUAAUGGCAACAACGAAAUCAGCUUGGACAUGACGAAAAUGCCAUUUAAGAAGAUUCUGAUCAGACUGUUUGAUCAACGGUAUCGAAAAGAAUGUGGGAGUAUGCCGUCCAAGAAAGAGUAUGACUUGGUUUCGGAUGACGGAUAUGACAACAAAAUCCCACUACACAAUGAUGACGCCUUCCAACAUGGCAUACACUUCCAGGCAAAGUAUAUAGGUACACUAGAUGUUCCACGACCAAGUAGUAGAGUGGAGAUUGUGGCGGCUAUGAGAAGAAUAAGGUAUGAAUUUAAAGCAAAGGGCAUCAAGAAGAAGAAAGUAGACUUGACAGUGUCUGUGGAAGGUGUCAGAGUAUCAAUAUGUAAAAAGAAAAAGAGAAUCCCACAAUGGUAUGAUGAUAACAAACUGUUGAUUGUUCACCAUCCUAUAUAUAGGAUAUUUUAUGUGUCACAUGACUCACAAGAUCUGAAGAUCUGGAGUUACAUUGCUAGAGAUGGACCAACUAAUGUGUUUAAAUGUAAUGUCUUCAAGUCUUAUAAAAAGGAACAAGCAAUGCGUAUUGUUCGGACCAUUGGUCAAGCUUUUGAAGUGUGUCAUAAACUAAGUGUAUCCCAAACAGUGCCCAGUCAUCAUGAGCCUGCAGAAACAAUCAGUAACCAGUCUGUGGAAAUUGACAAAUUAAAAAGUAAAGAUGAAGAAGAUAAAUCAUCAUUAAGCAGAAGUAACAGAGAAAGUUCCCCGAGUACACCACAACCCAUGCCACCAAAUGAACUUGUCCUAAAACAGAACCAUCAGAAAAUAUAUCAAAUGGUAUCAUCACAA